GGGGGAGGGAGCUGCUGGCGGGGGAACGGGCCGGGCUCGUAGUGGCCGGAUGAGAGCGAGGAAAGGCAGGCCGGAACGGAGGUGGACUGUUCUUUCCUAAGAUCUAACACGAAGCAGGAAUUCUGGAUCACGUAGAAUCUGCAUCAGCCAUUGAGGCGACACUGAGGAUGGAAGGAGUUGAACUUAAAGAAGAGUGGCAAGAUGAAGACUUUCCAAGACCUCUACCAGAGGAUGACCAUAUUGAUGAUAUGUCAGAUCCAGCUGAAAGGGGGGACCAACCUGAAGUGAAUGGCAACAAAGUUAAGAAGAAACUAUUGGCUCCAAAUAUAAACUUAACUCUGGAUUGCAGUGAAGAAUCCAUUUUGUCUGACUUGGAUGUGAGCGGGGAUAUUGAUCUGGAUGAUAUGGACACACCGUCUGAAAAUAGCAAUGAGUUCGAAUGGGAAGAUGAUCUUCCAAAGCCGAAAACUACAGAUGUGAUUCAAAAAGGAUCGUUGCAAGAAUAUGCAGCAUCAGACGAAAAAGAGGAGGAACGGCGAUGGCGGAUGUUCCGGAUUGGAGAACAAGAUCACAGGGUGGAUAUGAAGGCAAUUGAGCCAUAUAAGAAAGUUAUCAGUCAUGGAGGUUAUUAUGGUGAUGGGUUAAAUGCAAUCGUUGUAUUUGCAGUUUGCUUCAUGCCGGAAAGUGGGCAGCCAAACUACAGAUACUUAAUGGAUAAUCUCUUUAAGUAUGUUAUUGGCACACUAGAAUUGUUAGUAGCAGAGAACUACAUGAUCGUUUACCUAAAUGGUGCAACAACACGGAGGAAGAUGCCUAGUCUAGGCUGGCUCAGGAAGUGUUACCAACAGAUUGAUAGGAGGUUAAGGAAAAACCUGAAAUCAUUAAUAAUAGUUCAUCCUUCCUGGUUCAUUAGAACACUUCUGGCAAUCACAAAACCUUUUAUUAGCUCAAAAUUCAGCCAAAAAAUCAGAUAUGUCUUUACUUUGGCAGAGCUGGCUGAACUCGUCCCCAUGGAAUACGUUGGCAUACCUGAAUGCAUAAAACAGUAUGAAGAAGAAAAAUUUAAAAAGAAACCCAAAAGAAUUGACCAAGAGCUUAACGGGAAACAGGAGCAGAAGACCGAACAGUAAAGUAUUUUAUUUUAUUUUUGGUGUGUUUUGGAGUCUAACCAAGACUGAAGGAAGUGCCGAUGGAAUGACGUCUUGCAUGAUCAAAACCUCUUCUGCGGAGGAGGAGGAGGAGAACUGCCUGCCUCUGGACAUUUACCCAAUGGACUACUCGCUGCUGAAUGGAUUUGCAAGUCCAGGCUAGACGUUGACACUUAAUAGCUGCCUGUUCUAUACUGCAGUAUCGCAAAGCAUCAUAGGAAGCACCCAUGUUGUUUUUUUUAAAAAAAAAUCCUAAAUGAUGCUUAGUAAAUAUUUAUAUGCUUAAAUGUUAAGGAAAGAGAUAAUAUAUAUUUUUAUGACUUCUCAAAACAAUUAUAAUGUUUAUCUGCAAAACCCUCGCAGGUAAGCCGUGCUAUAAAUGACUGUUUCAUUUAUUUGAUAAUAAAAGUGCAUGGCAAUUUCCUAUAAACGGUCAAACACUUCUUGCCUAACAGAAAGAAAAGCAAAUUAACAUGGCCUCAUUGAUUAGCUAAGCUAGCAAGAUCCCCUUGAUUUUCUUGCAUAAACACGGAGGUUCUUUUGUUUCCCAUAUUGGGCGUACCCUGCUUGCGGAGGUGUCCUUGACACAAAAAAGACACCACCUGAGUCUUAAGUUUCUUUGGCCAGAGGGCUUUUUAUAUUUGGUCUGGAAUGGCUGCGCUUCUGAAACAGAUGGAUGUCCUGAAACAAGGAACUAAGGAUGUUUACAGAACCUUUGCUGUAAUCUUUGGCUGAUGGAACUGUGCAUGUGUUAGAGCCCUAGUUUCCAGAUUGGGUACAAAGCACCGUAUUGGUAUAGGUGAACCACCCUGAGAACAAUAGGUGCCUUCCAGUCAAGCUGGAGAUCAAGGUUGGAAUUGCAUUUUGUAAGGAACACAGGGCUGUUGC